CUGAAAGAAAAGUAUGGUUCUCCAGUAUUUUAUGUCAGUCUUACUAUUAGCCUUAUACGGUGUUGAGGCAAAAUGGAUGUCAGAAAUCCCUAAUGCACCUGAAAGAGCUUACAGCAAAUUGUUUAAUAUUCCAACUUGGAUUACUCAUAUUGAAGAUUAUGACGAUGAUGCCUUUAAUGCAACAACUAUUUUUUCUGUUGUCACUGUUGCAGUGUCAACACUAUAUACUCUAUACCACAUCAUCUAUGUCUUUUUGCCUAAACAACCUGCUAAUCAAAAGACCAUUGGCCCUUUCAAUACUCUCAUUAUGCUCUAUUUAAUCGCUACCUUUGUUGCUACUUUUACUUUUGCUCUUAUGAAUGCAGGCAGAAUUUGGGCUUCAUUUGGUGUCUAUCACAAUUUGUUUGAAAUUGCUCUUAUGUCACACAUCUUUCUUCGUCAAAAAUCUCUCUUGGAACGCAAAUUUGUGUUUAUCUGUUUUAUCUAUCUACUCAUCACUAUGUUUAUUGUGAUUAUUGUACCUUGGCCACUAGAUGCACUCUUUUUCAAGUUUCAAGGAUUGGCUACUGAUUUUGCAUUGGCCAUUGAUUUAGGAAGAUUGUACUACCACAACAAAUCAAACUACAAACAAGCCAGUGUUGGUACUUUGGUCACAGAUGAUGAUGAACAAGAUCAUAACAGAAAGAUGAAACAAGUCAUGAUGGCGCCUCCUCAUUUGAAUAUCAAAGUUUUGUAUAUUGCUGCAACACUUCAUGCUGUCGGAAAUGCUUUAGUUACUUUUAGCAAUCAUUUCUAUCUCUGGGUGAUUUUUCAAUUUAUUUAUGCUAUUGCUUUCCCUAUGUAUGCUUACUAUUGUGUAGCUGAACCCAAUGCUAGUCGUGUUAGUUGGUACAAAGUAGAUUAUGCUAAAGAAGUGCUUGUCUUAGUCACGGGUGCUACAUUAGCAGGUCUUUGUAUUGCUGUGGGUGUUUAUAAUGCAGGAAUCCCUUCUCACUAAGAUAAGAUGAAAGUUAGCCAGUCAAUGCUGAUGGGAACAUCAAUAGUGUCAUAUCUUAUCAAAUAAACAAUAGCCAUAAAACUUUCUUUCAUAUGUAAA